AAACAUUUGUAAGGUUCUGCAGGCUGAUGUGGUCAAUAUUUGAAAUUUAUUUAAUUUUAUCUAGUUUUAAAGUUAUUAGUAAGCAAAUUUACGAUUAUGGGUAUUAAUGUGAGCAUAAGUAAGCCGGCCGAGCUGAAUUCGAACGAAUAUCUACAGCAAUUUAUCGGGAAAGCACAUAUUUCGUCAGACAAUAAUGAGUUUUUUGAAGAAUUUCUUAAAUUUACUAUAAAGACACCAACAACAAGCGAGGAACAGCUUAAUCUUGACUCACGAAUAGAGAGCUUCCUGGAAAGCUUCAUACAGAAUAAUUUAACAAGCGGCAACUUAGGCUCAUUAAUUACAGUUUUCUUAAGGAAAACAUCUGAUGAAUUAUUAUCACUUUCGGACAAUGAAAGUCACGUCCACAUAUAUAAAAUCUACAACGCUGUAUAUGUAUUACGAGUUCUUAUCAAGUAUAUUCUCGAAAUUGGAGGUGAAUUUCUUUUAUUGCAACAUUUUGAGGCACUACCAAGAUCAACAGAGACUAAUGGAAACACCCAACAAGACGUGACUGUGACAAUUGAGAAUACGACAUCGAAUAAUACAGCAACAAAGCUUAUUGAUGGAACUAAAUUUGAUGCGUUCCUUGAGACAAUUUUUAAUAUAAUUUGUGUGAUUCCACUUAAGGACCAUACUUAUCACUUACUCCUCGAAUGUGUAAAUGUGAUUUUGGUGCUAUGUUCAGUUUAUCUCUUCAACCAACAGACAACAGAACGUUCAACUAUAUUUCGUACAAUUUAUAAGUGCAAAUAUGCAUCGACACUACUAGCGACAUUAUUACAUCUUGUAUCACGGAUGAAUCCAGCACCAACUUAUGGUGCUUAUGGAAAUUUAAGUGCUGGUGGAUCAUUUGUUUUUGGUCUUGCUGAAUCAUUUUGGUCAAUGUUGACAUUCUCAAAGAAAUCGCCUGAAAGUGAGGAGAUGCCUAAGUCAUUUAAGGAAAAUUAUCCAUUGGCUAAUCAAAGCUUGUUGCUUAUACUAAUUCUAACGAAUCAUAAUGCUGACGAUUCAGUUGACUUACAGAAUAAUCCAUACCGUUAUAGUCUCUUUAAUUGCACAAAUUCAACAGAAUUGCUGAAAGAAGAUGACGUUAGUUCCUUUAAAAUUGAUUAUUCAGGAUUAUAUCAAACAAUAUGCAAAAUAACACAUUUAGAUCAGACAACAUUGCUUCUCUAUUUGCUCCUUCAUCGUAAUGAAAAAUUCUAUCGAUUUGUUAUGAAUCAACAGAAUCUACAGGAAUUGGUAGUACCAAUUCUACAAAUCUUAUACAAUGCCCCAGAUAGUAGUUCGCAUCACAUUUAUAUGUCACUUAUUGUCCUCCUUAUUUUAUCUGAAGACGAUGGAUUCAAUAAAAAUGUCCAUCAAAUCAUGCUGAAGAACAUCCAGUGGUACACAGAACGUUCAAUUUCAGAAAUAUCAUUAGGUGGUCUUCUAAUUCUUGUGAUUAUUCGUACGAUUCAAUACAAUAUGCUUAAAGUACGUGAUAAAUAUCUUCAUACGAAUUGUCUCGCAUGUUUAGCCAAUAUGUCAUCACAGUUCCGAUAUCUACAUCCAUAUGUGUCCCAAAGAUUAGUCUCACUGUUUGAAACGCUUGCUAAAAAGUAUGCACGACUACAGACGCAAUUAGAUGACGUGAGGAAAUUGGAAUCAAGUGUUGUUGAAGUAGCAGAAGAUGUGAUGCAAGACUUGACUGUUUUAGAGGAAGUAUUGAGAAUGGUGCUAGAAAUUAUAAAUUCGUGUCUCUCACAUCAACUAGUAUAUUGUCCUAAUCUGGUAUAUACGUUGCUAUAUAAACGAAAUGUCUUCGAGUGCUUCAGAAGUAAUCCAGCUUUUCAGGACAUUAUUCAAAAUAUUGAAAUGGUCAUUGGAUUUUUCACGAGUCGCUUGCAGCGUGUACAAGAUCAACGCGGAGAACUUGGUGUAGCAGAAGUAUAUGAAGUGAUAAGUAAAGGAUCAAGUCAGUGGAGUUCUGACCGUCUAAAGAAGUUUGCAGAGCUGCGUUUUAAAUAUGUCGAUGAAGAAGGCAACGAGAAGUCAUACUUCCUACCUUACAUCUACUCUUUGUUAUCGAAAAAUUCCACAAUUAGUUUUGCUGAAGGCGAAAAGCUUUUUGCCGACAUUUAAACUUUUAAUUAUUACUAAAUUGAAUGAUGUUACAGGCAUAAUAAUUGCAUUAUGUAUUAUAAUGAUUUACUUAUAUCCAUUUUACUGAAUAUUUAUUAUUUUUUAAAAAGUGAAUUAAAUAAUUUUUUCAGUUUUCAUUUUCUUUCCCAAGAGGAGAAUAAUCAAACAAAAACAGCAACUGACUUUCAUUAAUUUACGCUAACGCCACUUCUUCUUUAAUUCACGCGGAAACAUUGAAAUUGAAUAUUAAUCACGUCAAAUUGCCGCCAACAAUAAUGUUUCAAUUUGACUUGAUAAGAAUUUUUUUUGUGAUCCACAAAUUUCGCUUUACACACAAUCGACGAGAGAGAAUGAAAAUUGAAUGAGUUUGCAAACGAUUGUCAUUAAAAGAUCAUUCACCGCAAUUCAUAUAUGAACACCUAAUCAGCAAAAGUAAAUACAAAUGAUUAGUUAAAUUUUGAAUUUCAGGAUUAUUGUAGAUUGUUAUUGCUGAUUCCAUAGGACUUUUGAGACUUUAAUUAAU